CCGGUUUCAUUUUCCAUUAAUUAUUUCCAAGGAAAGGAAAAGGAAAAAAAGGAGAGUCUGGGAUCCCGUGAUUAUUUUUUUUUUCUCGAAAAUGUUGAAAUGAAUAAUUUAAGUAGAAGAAAAUUGAACUGAGUUUUGUGGGUUCGGUUUGAGAGGAGUGAGAGAAUGAAGGCGUUGAUGAUAACCACCACCCCUGCGAUUCAAUGGCAGCAAUGGUUUCCUUCUUCCUCAAAAUUCAACAACCCACUGCAACCUCUACCUGUUUCCCCCAAAUAUCCUUCAUUUUCUUCUUGCUUAAGGUUGGAAGGUCAUGGAAAUGCAGAAAUUUCUGAGUCAUCGAAUGGUGAGACAAAGAAGCACGCGGACGUUUGGCGACUAUUCAAAGAAGCUCAGCAGAAUAUUUUGUACUUGAACAAACAGCGCCUAAAGGCCAUGAGGGAGCUGGACAGAACAAACAAAGAGAAGCAGUUGUUACUGGAUAAGAUUGAGCAGUUAGAGUUGGAAAGCCAGUCUGUUGUUGCAAAAGAUAAACUGUCAUUUUGUUGGGAAAUGCUACUUCGGAUAGACUCAAUGGUCCUCACUGGCAUGAUUAGCACAGAUGAGGCGUCUGACUUGAGAAGGCUGAUCAUGGAUCACAAAGAAAGUAUAGUUGAUGUUCUCACUGACACACUACAGAAGAAAGAUGUUGAGUUUCUAGCAGCGCUUCGGCACUUUUCAGACCGAAGAAAAAAGAAUGGAUUUUACAUUGUCCACAUAUGUACUGAAAUGGCACCAUUGGUCUCAGUUGGAUCUUUGGCAUUUUACAUAACAGGCUUAUCUCGUGCAUUACAGAGAAAGGGUCAUUUGGUGGAGGUCAUAUUACCAAAGUAUGAGAUCCUCAAUCUAGAUGAAGUUCAAGGGCUGCAUGAAAUUAAUGUAGAAUCCUAUUCAUAUUUUAACGGUCAAUUACAUGGAAACAGAAUUUGGACUGGUGUUGUCUGUGGCAUUGGAGUUACUUUAAUUGAACCGCAGUACUAUUCAUCCUUUUUCAGUCGUGAGAGGGUUUAUGGGUACCCAGAUGACUUUGAACGGUUUUCUUACUUUUCUCGAGCUUCUUUGGAUUAUAUAGUAAAAUCAGGAAAGCAUCCUGAUGUGUUGCACAUCCACAAUUGGGAGACUGCUAUCAUUGGGCCACUUUUCUGGGAUAUUUUUUCUAAUCAGGGACUUGGAGGCACAAGAAUAUUAUGGACAUGCCAUAACUUGAAUAUAUCGCAUCUUGAACACCCGGAUAAACUAGAAUUAUGUGGACUUGAUCCUGCUAGGCUUCACCGCCCUGAUCGUUUGCAAGAUAAUGACAAGAUGCAUCUUGUCAACAUUUUGAAGGGUGGAGUUGUUUACUCGAAUAAAGUUAUAAUUAUGUCAUCCAUACAGUCAAAAAGCAAGCUCAUUAGUAAUGAAAAUCAUGGUUUGGAAUCCACCUUGAACAUUUACAAGGACAAGCUGGCUCUUUCUCCUUUCGGAUUUGAUAGCUCUACCUGGGAUCCUUCCCAAGAUACUUUUCUUCCAGAGAACUACAGUGUGGAUGACAUGGAAGGGAAAACCUCUUGCAAAGUUGCACUGCAAAAAUACAUGGGGUUAUCUGAGAAUGAAUCAAAAAUUGUUGUGGGAUGCAUCCUGUCUGAAGGUUUAGAUGUUGAUAUGGAGAACCUGAAAGUUAUUGUAAGGAAUGCAAUUGGGAGAAGAGUCCAGUUUAUUGUCAUGGGGAAUAGUACUAUGCCAAAUACAAAUACCAGCAGGGGGCUUGAAUCUCUUGAAGACGAGCUUAAGGAUAAAGAUAUACGCAUUGUUCUCAGUUAUGAAGAAGCAUUGUCACAUGUAAUCUUUGCUGGUUCUGAUAUUAUUCUGUGCCAAUCUUUUCAUGACCCUAUUUUCCAAGCUCCGCUUAAGGCUUUGAAGUACGGAGCAGCUCCAAUCUCGCUAGCCUCCGAGAAUUACAAAUUCAGAUUUUUUGUAGAUCAUGAUUUUGAGUCAACUAAAUUCUCACGGUUCAUCAGCUCUACAUUUGGAAAUAUGUCACUCGACGAAGCAUUGAACGAAAUUAAAAACAACCAAUCAAAUUGGAAGCAAAACGUAAUGGAAGGGAUGGCUAUGGACUUCUCAUGGGAUGCCGAGUGCUGUGACACCCAUGUUUCUGCUUAUACAGCCUUGAGGAAUUUGUAAAUCGCUUUGUAAUUAUAAAAUUGUAUAUAAUUAUUUUUAUUAUUUAAGAGUAGUAUUUAUUGUAUAUUUUAAUUCCCAAUAAUAAUAACAUUGAUAAUAAAAUAUGAAAAUUUCAAUUUGAUGA